CAGGAUCCAGCUGGCGAUGAAAGAUCUCACGAAAGGAGAUUCUAUACGCUGUCGUGCUCAGCCAAGUACAACCUUGUGUGAUUGUGCCAUGCUCCGGGGGUUGCAUCGUGUUCUUGCGUGCACUCAAUGGAUCAAGGCCUGGGUCAGCUCCACAUCACAAGAGUUGAUGCAAUUCAACGUUCAAAUUCUUCAGCAGAUCUUCACUGGUUAAUACCGGUAUUAGAACGCUUGCGUUGUUGGAUCAUUUCGACGUCAUGCAUGGCCCAGACUGACCGUUCUCAUCAAAACUGCACCCCCUGGACACCGUUUACGCUUCAGGACAUCUUCGCCAUUUGUAAGGUGGAGGAUUUCGUUUCUUUUGAUGAGGAUUACUUCAAAAAGCAGGCCGAGAAAUCAGGAAUCAAGGCUUCUGGUUCUAUGAAAGUCGGGAAUAAUUUGAGGAGAGGAAAUCACGGAGACGUAGCCGAAAGGCCGCAGAGGAAGAAGGCUCGCAACUAGAUCAACCUUUACUCCCAGCACUAACUCAUUUGUUUGGGGGUUUGAUGGGAAUACAUUAGAAGGUCGCGGGGUGGAAGCACAGAUCUGCGGGUUCCUUUGGUAAUGGAAGAUGCAGCCUUGUCGACAUAUGGAAGGGAUGUUUGGC